UGACAGUCACUUUGAAGCAACCUACCGAGCAAUCUAUCGAGCAACUUGUCGAGUGAAAUCGUUUGAGAGAAAUAAAAUCAUGUCGGAGAAUAAAGAGAAUACAUGUUUGGGUGUACGAAAAGGCAAAUUUGUCGAAUUAAAAAAUAACGUCGAAAGAAAAAAAGGACUGAGCUUAAAUGCCGAAACUCGUGCAACAACGACACAUGCUUCGAUGCAAAAAUCUUUCGGGAGUGCGAAAUUUAGCGUGCACUCCGAUAAUGAGCAAGACUGUUCAGGCUCACGGCCGCGAAAACACGUAAGCAGAAAGGAAAUUAGAGAAAAACGAACACGAAACAGUGAAGCGACCGCAAUAACAUCAACAUUAUUAACGGCGGAAACAUUGGAAAUAAAAAAAAAUGCUGCUGUUGUACGUGGCCCAUAUAGAUCCCGUUCUUCGGCUAACUGGAAUAGAUAUUUAGGUUUUUUGGAUGAUAAGAAUAAAAUGAAAAAUUUUCCACGGAGAGCCUAUUCUGAAACAAGAAGGAUUCCGUCUACACAUUUAAUCGUAACACCAAAAACCAAAAACCAAGAGCAAAAAUCAACUCCAAAAACCAAAUCUUCUCUUACAGAUGAUGUUAAAAAGCGAACACUUGCGAGUAUUGAAAGGUGGAAAAAAAAGAUGAGAAAACGUUCUGAUAUUGUGCCCAGCUAUGCAAAUAAACAUUCCAACGUAUUAAAUAUAGACAGAGGAAAUAAAACCAAGUUACAAGACAACAUUAUCACAGAUAUCUGCAAAAUUCAGAAAUGUAGCGCAACGUCAAGCAAUGCAUUGAAUGUUGAGGUAUUACAAAGACAGACGAUUAAUUCGCAGAAAAAUAUUCAAAAAUUGAUGCCAGCAGUUGAUUUUUUAACUACACGAUAUUCAUCAAAUGAAGUCACAACAAAUGUGCAAGAUGACAGUUUUUCAAGCAUACAAGAAGAUAUUAAUAAAACAAGUGCAACAUCUCCGAUUAACUCUGUUGCCGGACAAUUGGCUGAAAUAAAGUGUAAAAAAUGUAUGAUGGAGGAUGAUUAUUUAGAAGAUACGCCGGAUGUAGAACGCAUGAGAGAGGAGAUUUCUCCUAGUCUUUCUUCUCGUUUUCUGCGUGGAAGUGUAAACGCACAACAAAGAAGAAUCAUCGUAAGGUAUCUGAUUCAUCUUGCCAUACGCUGUAAUUAUUCGUCACAUAUCAUUUAUCAGACUGUUAAACUGUUUGAUUUGGCUAUUGAUAGAAUUUUAGUGAAUAUGAAUAAUAUACAAUUAAUGUCUCUAGCAUGCCUCUGGAUAACCCUCAAGCGAGAAAUAAUCGGACAUCAAAUACCAUCAGCGACUGCAAUACUGCGACUGGCAAAAGAUAUGUAUAUUAAUCAAGAGAAAAAUUUAUUAAUGUAUGAGAAAAAAAUUCUUUUAACUCUCAAAUUCAGCAUACGAUUUGCUGAUCCUUAUUCUGUGCUUUUUUAUUAUAUCAAAAGUGUGAAGAAGUAUGUCAUCAAUUCAAACGAUAUCCCACACAUUUAUUUUUGCGGCAGUUAUCUGAUCGAUCUAUCUAUGUUGGAUGAAAGUUUAUGUGAUAUUUUGGAAUCUAUCCGCGCAUUAGCUGCGGUGAAUUUAUCAUUGAAUUCUAUAUAUUUGAAUAAUGUUAAUGUGGCUCAGGCAUAUCGCGAAUUUCAGAAAAGCCGAAAUUUGACUGAAUGGGAAGAAAGAGAGUUAAAAUCUGUAAAAAAGAGUGUGCUAUCACAGAUUCUGGAUUCCGAGAAUGAAAAUUCGGAUUUAUAUAUUGUAUACAAGAAAUAUGUAAAUUGUCAGCAUAUUAACAUUUCCAACUUUUUUCUCAAUAAAGUGAAAAAGUUAUUACAACAAGAAAUGCAACACAAGUUUUAAAGUGUUUAAAAAUACUUAAAAAUAUAUAAGAAGAUAAAGGAGUAGAUAAAAAAAUUUAAUGAUAUUAGAAACGUCUGACUUCAAUGUAAAGAUAUUUGAUAUCUUUCAGACUUUUUUAAUAUCAGCAAAUUUUUUUAUCUACGUCAUUAUCUUCUUGUAUAUUUUUAAGUAU